UUACUGAGCGCCACUGACGGCCGCAUGGCUACCUACUAAUCGGCUGGCUGGUGACUUUUCUGGUGGCAAGUGACUUCUGUUGCAUGCAGCGGCACAGAAUUCAGUUCGACUUGGACGGGCAACGCGUGCACACGUAGCAAAUAAGACGCGUUGUUGACGGGUUAAUUUUCCAAGAGUGAAGAGAAACGUGUUUUCGAAGCGCGAGCAUGAUAAACAAAGCAAAUUUGAAACGUGAGCUUCUGUGAAUUGAUAAAAUAAUACAAAAAUUUGAAUUAAAAAAAUAUACAAUUGUCUUUAAUUUAUUGCAACAAAAGUGUGAGGUGAAAAAAAUUUAUAAAAAUUGUUGAACCAAAAAGUGAAUAACUCAAAGUUGCAAAAUGGAAGACAUAACAACAAUGGAUUAUAUGUAUGACAGCACAACCUACGCACCGGAGACAACAUUUGCUGUGGAUACCACCGACAUGCCAUUUCUUAAUUUGGCGGCAGUCACGCCAGACAGCGUCGUGGACCGGCUGUUGCACUCCGGCGAGCAGUUGUCGCACAACCAAAUCACCUUCGAGAUACCAUCGCAUCACGAUCUCGAACACAUCAAUAAAUUGCACACAUUCAAUACGCUGCUUCAGCGUAUCGGCAAUGUGGCCUACGACACUGUUGCUUCCGCCAGCGCGCAUAGCGGGAGCAACGUGCCGCAGGAGGAGCAGCACGUGUUGCGACCCUUUGGCGUCGAUGCGACCGGCCAACACAUCACCAACGAACAGAUCUCCAAGAGUGCUGUGCUGAAUUUGGCCGAGCUGAAGAACGGUGUCGGCAGUGUGGGUGGCAGCUUCUUGGAAGACUUCUUCGGCGAUGCCGACAUGCAUGCCGUCAUUAAUUAUUUGUGGAUUGGCGUGGUCACCGCAUUGGUGGUGCUUUCUGUGAUUUUCAUUUUGUUCUCCUGCUACUUUUACCGCAAGUUUCGGCAAUGGAAGAAAUGCAAUAAGGACAUACGCAACCACUUGAGCAACGACUUGUAUGCCGACGGUCAUUUUGUCGUUUGCGACCGUUUAAUGGACGCCCGCGGGAGACAUACAGUAACAGCUGCUAACGCUGCCUCCGCCGCCUACUAUCAGCAGAUGGAGUCGCCGCCAUGCUAUACCAUUGCCACCGGCCUGCCGACUUACGAUGAGGCAUUGCAUCAUCAACACCAACACCAGCACUUCUCCUACGGCAUGAAGUUCAUCUAUCCGACGAUUACGGCUGUGCAUCACCAUCCGGCCAUUGCUGGUGUGUACAAUAACAACAUGCUCACAGCCACAUUGAAGAGGCAGAGCGACUUGGAACAACAGCAACAAGCGCAGGAGCAGCUAAUGAAGCAGAAGACAUACAAAGUGUCGUCCGUGGCGUUGGAGGACGAAGCGUCGCUGGAAGUUGCCAUGCCCGCCAGCUACGAUAUUGCGGAACUGCAUGGUCUCAAUUUGUCGUCUGGCAGCAUGAGUGUAACCGCGCCAUUGUUGGGUGUCAAUGCCGCCACGACGAAGACGUCGGCGUCGUCGCUGGAGGAAGUGAUUACCAUACGCUUGGACGACAUGACACCAACGGGUGCGUUGCCGAUCGAAGCAACAGCGACGCCACGCCGUCCGGCCAUGUUUUAUAAUGAGUUGCGCCGCGAGCGGGGUGUGGGUGAGGAGCGGCAGUGCAGCGCAGUGACGAUAGCGUGAUCGCAUUAAGGAACCACAGACGCCUUCACGCUACUUCGCGCAGCCCCCCAUGAGCCGCUGACGGGUCAACCGGCUGGUUACGCCUUGUAAAUAUGUAUGUCCUGUAAAUAUGCUGCCUCUGGCAGAUGUAAGACAGUCACCGCAGAAGAGCUGUCCGCUGCUACAUGUUAGAUUCAAACAAAGAGACUAAUUAACGUAAUGACAUUUCGAAUGAGUCCGUAUCUCACAACAUUCAUUAGUAACUUCUUGAAACUUAGAUAAACUUAUUUUUAUUUAUUUGUAACUGUAAAUGAUUCCAAGAAGAGAUGCAUUCAAAAAUUAUUACUUUGUUCUGUAUUAUUUAUUUCUUGUUUAGUUUAAAGCACUUUUCUUUAAAAAAGACUGAUUGUUCAUUAAAAUUGUAUGUAUAAACCCGUAUUUUUCGCUGCAUGUAAAUAAUUCUAAGUCCAUAGUUAGCGCGCAAAUGCAAGUAGUAAAUUGUAUUUAUCAGCGAAUAGUAAAACUAGUUAGGAAUUUUAUUAUCUAAGCAAGCUAAAACAUUAAUUAAAUUUAAAAAAUUAUACAAAAUUUAAAAGUUCAUUUGUUUUUCUUUCAUUACGUUCAUUUAUGAUCGCUUUUCGUUUUCUGGUUCCUUCGAUCUGUUUUCAUUUGGUAAAAGUUGCAUUGAAAUUUUGCUUUUCACAUACAUGCACACAUAUACAUUUUACAUACACUCACACCUCUCACUUGCUUACACGAAAUAUUUGCAGAGAAGAUUACACCGUUAGCAUGACUCGUUUGAGCUUUUUGCGCUUUCAUAUAGCGUGAAAGCUCUUAACGUCAUUGCAGUUGGAAGCACCGCAGAUAUGCCCAAAAGAUCGCCGCCUGGUCCACGGGAGAACUAAACUGGUUUGCUGAGUAUCUAGUGACAAGUGACAAUUUGGUACAUGGCUUGUAAUAAAUACAUACAUACAUACAUAUGUACACUUAUUUUUUCAACAUUUCAAUGGAAUUUGUAAACCAAGUUUUAAUUUUUUGCUUAAAUAUGUUUUGUAUACAAAAUAUUGGAAUUAUCAAUUACAAAGGUAUUGUUAAUUAAAUUACACAAAGAUCAAUAAAAUUUAAAUAAUUUUCUAUAAACACUGUUAGAAGCUUGUUAGGUAUCAUAAACGUAGUAGAGUAAAUGGCUUUUUAUGAGGCAAAUAUUAUUAAGGCUUCCUGACUUUCAACUACUACCGCCAUAAAUAUAUCAAUUCUCAUUUAAAAUCACGGAAAUAUUGAUCCUUUAAAGGCAGCCAAUAGCAUUUUCAACGCUUCGGCAAAUUUCACUCAAACGAAUUGGCGCACAAAAUUAAUACAUUUCGAUCAGGUCGAGAUUAAGUUUUAAUGUGAAAGCUGUAGGGUGUUUAGAGUAAAGAGACAAUAUCACAUUUUAUGAAUUUUACGUUUUAUAGCUGGAUUACCAAUCUUGAUACCAGUUUUAGUGUUCCGAUGCACACAAACCAGAAAACUGUUAAAGAAUGAUUUAAUCGUUUCGAUGAACUUGUCUUCCUUCUCCGUAAAUAUUUUUUAUGUCGAUCUUAAAAACUAAGUAAAUAUGAAAAACUUUGCACUACUAUAAUUCAUAAAAUUUCAUCGGUGUGAUAUCUUUAAGGGGUUAUAUGGCUUUCCUCGAGUAAAAAGCAGCAUUUUUUCAAAAAUUGUUUUUCAUACAAAAAAUGAAAUAUUUUAUUAGAAAUUUUUAUUGUUACAAACAUACACUAUUAACAAAGAAAUUCUUGGAAAAAAAUAUUUUAACUCUGCGUUGGCAAGAUAACUUCUUACGGGAUCAUCUAAAGUGAAAAUACGAGCUUUUGUUAAAACCUUAACUUAUAACUUGGACGAAGGAAAAACUGAAAAUUUGAUUUUUGUCAGACAUUUUUACAAAAAAAUAAAAAUUUCGCGACAUUUUUUUUAAAUAGUUAUUAUCAAAAAAAUCUUUCAUCCAUGUCUUUAAGAAUUGUAUCUCAAAGAACUGAGUAAAAGUUCAUGAAGAUCGAUUGAGUAGUUCUCGAGAAAUCUUGGAGAAAAACGGCGCACUUAGCGCAGCUAGCCUCGAGCGCACAAGUUCUGAAGAUUGUAUCUCCGAAACUUUACUCGGAUCAACUUGAAAAUUUAGGACAAUAUUUUAGAGGUGUUGUACAAUUUAGUAAAAU